UUGCAGCCCCGCCCGCCUUCGGACGGGGGUGCGGCUCCAGGAAACGGCGCGCUCGCAGCUCUGAGCUCCGACCAACUCGACGCUCCGGGACCGCCCCGCAGAUUCAGCUAGCCCACCCGGCGGACCCCAGCGGCCGCCCCAGCAAGCACGACCUAGAUCCGAACCUCAGACACAUCUACACGGACGGGGCAGACCAGACAGGAUUAGCAGAAAGGGGCCCCAGAGAUCAUGGGGACCCUGACAGGGCCAGCAGUGGCGAGCAAGCGGGAUCCCCGAGCCUGAGAAGUGGGCGGCAAGAGCUGCUAGGGCCAUGACUUCAGUGUGGAAGCGCCUGCAGCGGGUGGGCAAGAGAGCAGCCAAGUUCCAGUUUGUGGCGUGUUACCAUGAACUGGUGUUGGAGUGCACCAAGAAAUGGCAGCCAGACAAACUGGUAGUGGUAUGGACUCGCCGGAACCGACGCAUCUGCUCCAAGGCCCACAGCUGGCAGCCUGGCAUCCAGAACCCAUACCGUGGCACGGUAGUGUGGAUGGUCCCUGAGAACGUGGACAUCUCUGUGACCUUGUACAGGGACCCUCAUGUGGACCAGUAUGAAGCCAAAGAGUGGACUUUUAUUAUUGAAAACGAGUCCAAGGGACAGCGGAAGAUCCUGGCCACAGUUGAUGUGGACCUGGCCGGCCAUGCAGGGCCUGUGCCUGCUCAGGUUCCACUUCGACUGCGACUGAAGCCCAAAUCUGUGAAGGUGGUGCAUGCUGAGCUGAGCCUCACCCUUUCUGGGGUGCUGCUGCGUGAGGGCCGUGCCACGGAUGAUGACAUGCAGAGUCUGGCCAGCCUCAUGAGUGUGAAGCCUAGUGAUGUGGGCAACUUGGAUGACUUUGCUGAGAGUGAUGAGGAUGAAGCUAAUGGCCCUGGGGCUCCUGAGGUCCGGGCACGUGGCCCCCAGUCAGACCUCUCUCGGGAGCUGAAGACACUCUGUGAAGAAGAUGAAGGCCACAAAGGGCCCCAGCAGGCAGCUGCCAGAUCCUGUAGUGCUGAAGAAGCCAGCCCUGCCCCUGCGAGUGCCCCUGCGCCCCCUGCCAGGGCCUCCCGGGGCCAGGGGUCAGAACCAGCUGCUAUAGCCGGGGGCCAGGUGGGACCUGAAACCCCAAGGCCCCCACAAUCCCCACCAGAGACAGGGUCCACCAGGCAGCCAGACCAGGACAUGGUCCCCACCCCAGCCCCUCGACUCCGGAAAGGCUCUGAUGUAUCCCGGUCCCCAGUCCCCUACAGGGGGGAAGAGGACCCCAAUACCUCAGAGGAUCCUCCAACAGGAGUGGGUUCUUCUGGGGAGACCCAGGUCCAGAUAAGCUCUCAGGGAGAGGCAGAGGCCAGUGGAACUGAGCCAGAGACAGACACUGAGGGCAGAGGCUCCAGGGAUGCCCUAGGAAGAGAAAGAUCUGAAGCUGAAGAGGGGGACACUGGGGACAGGCCAAAGGCUAGUGGGUCAGGAAGCAGAGAGAAGAACACUAAGGAGCCAUGCCUCACAGCUGGAGAGGCUGAAGAGAGUUCAAAACUUCCUCAAGUAGAUGCUGAGCAGAGGUCAAAGGUACAUGUAGCCGUGGAGGGGCCAGAGGCUGCAGGGCUGGUGCCUAAGGCAAGACUCUGGGAACCUCCCGAGGCUCCUCCUAGGAGUGCUCAGAGGAGGAUGGGGGUAACGACCCAGGAAGAGGCUCCCAGUGACCCGAACCAAUCUCCAGCUGAGCCUGAAGGGCAUGUAGGGCCCCUCAGGGGUGCCAUGCCUGCAGGCCAGGAGAGAGAAAGCAUGGAGGUCAGGGGCAGAGCCCCUGUUAGUGAGAGGACAGGCCUGGAGCAGGGCCCCUCUGCUGGAGCAGCAAGUGCUGGGGCCCAGGGGAGUGGAUUUCACAAAGUCCCAUCAGUUGGCCAGGAGGCAAAGGUUGGGGAGUCAAGGGUUCCGGAAACAGAGACUGAGUGGGUGCCAGGGAAGGUUAUAGGGAUGCUAAAUACAGAUGUUGGGAGACCUGAGUCCCCAGAAAUAGAGACUGGUACAGCAGAAUCUGAAGUAUUGGAGGCCCAAGGGUCAGAAGCAGCAAGAUCAGAGGUCCUGGAGCCAGAGGCUACUGGAACAGCACAGUCUGAGGUAUUGAGGAACCAGGAUAAAGAGAUCGGGGUUCUGGGGAUGCUGAGGACAGGGGCUGAGAUAAGGGAGUCUGAGGAAUUUGGGAUCAAGAAAAUAGUUGGAGAUUUUACAGUUCCAGGUACCAAGACAGUGACAGAAACUGAGAUAUUGGAAGCCCAGGAGGUAGCAGAUGGGGGAGCUGGUAUACUGAAGGUUGAAGAGGUUGAGAUACUGGGAACCCCAAAGACAGUGGCUGGGGAGGCAGAAGCUGGAAUACUGGAGACCCAAAAGAUAGCAGCUGAAGGUUCAGAGGCUCCAAAGGUGGGGACAGAGAUGGCAAAGUCUGAUAUAUUGGGAAUGCAGGAGACAGAGGUGGGAGCUUGGAGUAUUCCAAGGACAGGGACUGAAGCAACAGUGACUGAGAUAUUGGGGACCCACAGAAUAGCAUUUGAGGGUUCAGGGUGCCCACAGAUACAAUCCAGAAUAGUAGAGACUCAGGAGACAGAGGUGGGGGGUUCAGAGGUUUCAGUGACAGAUACAGUUGAAGAUGUCAUACUCCAAAGUCAUGGAGUACUUUGGGUAGAAGCUGAGAAACCAGAAUCCAAGAUUGAAGGGUCCCUGGAGAUAAAGGAAGGAGACUUCAGGAUUCUGGAGGUAGACACUGGGCCAGUGGAAGCCAAGAUCUUAGAGGCUCCAAAGAUAGCAGCUGGGGUUUUUGAGGUGCCGGGAAUAGGAACUGAGGGAGCCAGGGCCUUGGAAACAAAGGCUGGCUCUUCAGAAGUCCCAGAGACAGAAGCCAAAGAGGCUGAGAUACUGGAGGUCAAGGAGCUAUCUGGAGGUUCUGUGGCACUGAGAAUAGUGGCAGAGAUAACAGAAUCUAAGAUGUUAGGGGCCCAGAAGACAGAGGUGGAAGACCCUGAGCUGUCACAGACAGAGGUUAGAGGGGCAGAGGCUAAAGUGCUGGGGACUCAGAAAAUAGCAUCUGAGGGUGCAGGAGUUCCAGGGAUGGAAGCUAAAAUGGAAGAGUCUGAGGUCUCGAUGGCCCAGGAGACAGAAAUGGAGAUUUGGGAGGUCCCAGAGGUAGAAACCGUGGAUGCUGAGUUAUUUGGGACACAGAAGGCAGAAAUAGGUUUAGAGACCCCAGAGUUAGAAACAGAGACAAUAACGUCUGAGAUUCUGGAGGCCCAAGAGACAGAAGUAAGGGAGUCAGGGCUUCUGGGAACAGAGAGUGAGGUAGCAGAAGUGGUGGUGCCGGAGACCCAGAAAAUAGAGGCUGAGGUAGCCAGGGCCCAAGAAAUAGAAGCAGGGGAUUCUGUAAUCUCCAGGCCAGAGGCUGGAACAGCAAAGGCUGAGGUACUGAGGGCUCAGUGGACAGAAACUGUAGUUUUGGAGUCUGAGGAAGCAAAGACCGACACUUUGGGGGUCCAGGAGCCUGGAGCUUGGGGAACUCUCAAGUAUGAGGCCUUAAGUGUUGCAGUGGCUAAGCAAAGAUUUUCUGGGGCUGAGGGAAUAGCAUCAGAGGUAUCCAGGGUACAAGAGACAGAAAGUAAAGUUUUGGGGAUAGUAGAGGCCAAGUCUUGGACAGUGGAGUUGCAGGAGGCAGAGAGGGAGGGGUUUGAGUCUCCAGAGAAUAAAUCUGAUAUUUUUGAGGCCCAGGAAGCAGAAUCUGGGGUCUUGGGAACCGUGAAGGGAAAAGAAGCUGAUGAAAGCCUGGAAGAGGCCAGCCUGACUAAGGCACAGGUGGCCAGUGGGGCAGGGACUGGGGUACCCAGGCCUUUGGGGGCCUCUUCCCCAGAGGAGCCUGAAGAGGACAGGAGGCUGCUGGGCAGCCAGGCACCAUCUGCCCUGGUCAGCUCCAGCCAGUCCCUGUUGGAGUGGUGCCAAGAGGUCACCAGAGGCUACCGUGGUGUCUGCAUCACCAAUUUCACCACAUCUUGGCGCAACGGCCUGGCCUUCUGUGCUAUUUUACAUCGAUUCUACCCAGACAAGAUUGACUAUCUCUCCCUCGACCCACUCAACAUCAAACAGAACAACAAACAGGCUUUUGAUGGCUUCGCUGCCCUGGGCGUGUCUCGGUUGCUGGAGCCAGCGGACAUGGUGCUUCUGUCCGUACCUGACAAGCUCAUCGUCAUGACGUACCUGUGCCAGAUCCGAGCUUUCUGUACCGGGCAGGAGCUGCAGCUGGUGCAGCUGGAGGGCAGUGGUGGCCCUGGCACUUACCGCGUGGGCAACGCCCAGCCUAGCUUGCCCGACGGCCUGGAUGCAGGCGACCUGGCACAGAGGCUACGCGAGCAUGGGGCUGAAGCGCCCACAGAGCCCAAGGAGGCUGUGAACCGCGGGGCUGGAGCGGUGCCCAAAGUGGCCUCUAGGGACUCGGGCCUGGGCUGUGCCUCCAAGGAUGGGGAGGCUGAGGCUGCCCAGGAGGCAGUUCCCCCAGAGGCUCCCUCCGACGGCCCCAGAGCCCGGUCGUCCACGUCCCCUGUGGCCCCCACAGAGGGGCUGGUAAACGGAGUGGGGGUGCCAGGUGGUGUGAGUGGUGUGAGACUGAGACGGUCCUCGGUCAGUGGGGAGGCCGGACCGGUACCUCCACCCCGCGCACAUGGCUCUUUCUCCCACGUGCGUGACGCUGAUUUGCUAAAGAAGAGGAGAUCCAGGCUACGGAAUAGCAACUCCUUUUCUGUGGACGACCCGGACUCUGGAGCAGCAGUAGGAGCAGGAGCUGCAGGAGCUGGGGCUGUG